AUGCUGGCGCAGCUAGUGCUCAUGCUUUCUCGUCUAUUGUUCUGCAACGAUCUAGGCGGCCUUCAACGAUUGUACAGAAUGUUCAAGUUCCUAUUAAAGCUCGCCAAGGCUCUUCUAUCAUAUGGUGCACCUUCCCAUCGUAUUGGUUCCAUGUUAUCAGCAGCCUCGGACAUUUUGGGAGCACGCGCCGAUUUCGUGCAUCUUCCUAACAUCAUCAUUGUCUCUAUUCGAGACGCUGACUCGGGCCCGACCAGAACCUACUUUGUGCGCGCAACCGGUCGAAUCGCUCUGACGAAAUUGCAUGGUGUUCAUCUCAUCUACCGGGACGUUCUUCACGACAGAAUUACUGCUGAGGCCGGUACCGAGGCUCUUCGCGCGAUCUUACGGGCGCCUCCUGCUUACGGACUCGCUGUUCGCUGUCUUUUGGCCUUCUUCUCCGCGUCUAUCAUUUGUGUCGUUUCUUUCGGCGGAUCCCUCGUCGACAUGUGGAUAAGUGGCUUGUGCGCCUGCUGUUUACAGUACCUUGGUUUGAGUGCUGCCCACAAAAGCUCCAUGUAUGCUAAUGUCUAUGAGAUAUCCGUCUCUAUUAUUGUCGCCUUCGUGGCGAGAGGUUUGAGCAAUGUCCCGGGUAACAUUUUUUGUUAUAGCGCAAUAUCGUCUGCAGGUGUGGUCGUCAUUCUCCCAGGAUUUACAGUUUUGAUAAGUGCCUUGGAGCUGAUGUCGCGCAACAUAUUUUGUGGCUCCGUUAGGAUUGUUUACGCUAUCAUUUACACGCUGUUUUUGACUUCUAUCCUCGUUGUCGAUCGCAAGGCUCAUCGUGCAUAUGUUCAGGGUUCGCUUCCAGCCAAUUAUACAUAUGCGCAUGGCACCUUUUCGAUGACGAACGGCUCCGCACCUUUUAUUCCCUGUAUAUUUGUGCUUCUAUUCAUCAUCAUUUCUCAUCGCCUCAUUGCUAAACAAGGCUGUUUUCGUGACCCUUCAUGGCAUUGGGCAUUUCAGCCAUUUCCUUGGUGGACUUUACUUUUCCUCGUGCCUCUCUAUACGACUUGCUCCUCUUUAUCCAAUCUCCAAUCCUUUCGGAGCAUCCAACUUCCCGUCAUGGUGGUCUUUGCAUGCUGUUCCUAUGCUGCUAACCGCGCUGCAAGUAUCGUUUUGCCAAACCGAAGCGAUAUUGUGUCCGCUGCGGGAGCGUUUGUGAUUGGAUUGCUUGGGAAUAUAUAUUCUCGUCUUGUCGGUGGGACUGCAUUCACUUCUAUGGUUACUGGAGUGUUGUUCCUGGUUCCUUCUGGCAUAGCUCAAGGUGGAGGUUUGACACAGAACUUUCACAGCUCCGCUGAACAAUACUCGACGGGAUUCUCUUUGGCUCUGCGGAUGAUAUCCGUGGCCUCCGGAGUGACUAUUGGGUUGUUUGUGAGCCAAGUCAUUGUAUACCUAUUCGGCACGAGGAAAAAUGCGGCUCACUUCGCUUUCUAA